CCCGAGGUCUCUUGCGCAUGCGCAGUCUGCAUCACGAGGAUACGCCUUUGUGUUGAAAUCGAAAGUAAAGUCUCGAUACUUACCGAAUGUAGCUUCACAUUUCGAAGACUUAAAAACUGGCAUAAAAAUCUCAUUACGGAACAGACGCAUGUUUGCUGACACAUGAUCACACACUGAUCUCCUGAAAUAUUCAGACUGUGACUGAAGUGUAGAGCUGAGGAUUUUAUCAUCUUCCUCAUCACAAUUCUCUGAAUUAUUUGAAGUGUUUGAUACACAGGCCUCGUGUCAGUCUGUCAUUAUGGAGAUCAGAGAGAGAUCUUCAUCUCCAGAUCACACCAGAGAGUCUCUGAGGAGCCACAGAUCCAUGAAUCCUCCUGAAUCCAGUGAUGAUCCAGUGACCUCUGACCUCAGGAUCUGCAGUCAGAGAUCUUCAUCUCCUGAUUACAGCUCUGUGUCUCUGAAGAGUGACGGAUCCAUGGGUCCUCCUCCUGGCCUCAGUGAUGAAGCAGUGACCUCUGACCCCAGGAUCUGCAGUCAGAGAUCUUCAUUUCCUGAUUACAGCUGUGUGUCUCUGAAGAGCGACGCAUCCAUGGGUCCUCCUCCUGGCCUCAGUGAUGAAGCAGUGACCUCUGACCCCAGCAGAGCAGAUGGAGAGCGAAGCAUCUCUGGAGGAGUCUCCUCUGUCUUCUGUCUGAACAACACGAGCGUUACAGCGUCUCUGAAUAAACAUGAUCAAGCAGUGAAUGAUGAACUACAGAGAGUCAAAGAGCAGCACAAAACCAGCAUGAAGAACAAGUAUGAGAGAUUAUGUGAGGGACUGAAACUCCAGGAGAAUGAAAGCCUCCUGAACAGCAUCUACACACAGCUCUACAUCAUAGAGGGAGAGAGAGAAGGAGUGAAUGAAGAACAUGAGGUUUUACAGAUGGAGAAAACAGCCAGAACACAACCCUCACAAGACGCUCCAAUCUACUGCAAUGACAUCUUUAAAGCCUCCGCUGAAGCAGGAUCUGAGGAGAAAGAGCAGAUCAAGACUGUUCUUACUAAAGGCAUCGCUGGAAUCGGAAAAACCGUCUCUGUGCAGAAGUUCAUUCUGGACUGGGCCGAGGGAAAAGCCAAUCAGGAUGUAGAUUUCAUGUUUGUGCUUCCAUUUCGAGAGCUGAACUUGAUCCGAGAUCAUCAGUACAGUCUUCACAGACUUCUGCUGGACUUUCAUCCUGAACUUCAAGAUCUGGACUCACAGAUUUAUGAGGAGUGUAAAGUUGUGUUCAUCUUUGAUGGUCUGGAUGAAAGCAGAAUCACACUGAUGUUUUCAGACGCUCAGAAAGUUUGUGAUGUGACUGAGACUUCAUCAGUGGCUGUGUUGAUGUCAAAGCUCAUGAAAGGAGAGCUUCUUCCCUCUGCUCUCAUCUGGAUCACCUCCAGACCAGCAGCAGCCAAUCAGAUCCCCUCCGAAUACAUCCACCGUCUGACAGAGAUUCAGGGAUUCACUGAGCCUCAGAAGGAGGAAUAUUUCAGGAAGAGAAUCAGUGAUGAGCAUCAAGCCAGCAGAAUCAUCUCACGCAUCAGAAGAGCAAGAAGCCUCCACAUCAUGUGCCACAUCCCCGUCUUCUGCUGGAUCUCAUCCACUGUGCUUCAGAAGCUCCUGGAAGAAGAUCUGAGAGCAGAAAUCCCUCAAACUCUGACUGAGAUGUACAUCCACUUCCUGCUGAUUCAGAUCAACAUGAGGAAGCAGAAGUAUGAAGAGAGAGAUCCAGAGAAACUCCUGCCGUCCGACAGAGAAGUGAUUGUGAAACUUGCUGAAGUGGCUUUCAAACAGCUGAUGAAGGGCAAUGUGAUGUUCUAUGAGGAGGACCUGAUUGAGAGCAGCAUAGACGUCACUGACGCCUCGGUGUAUUCUGGGAUUUGCACUGAGAUCUUUAAGCAGGAAUCUGUGAUUCAUCAGAGGAAAGUCUGCAGCUUCAUUCAUCUGAGCGUUCAGGAGUUUCUCGCUGCUUUCUAUCUGCUUUACUGCUAUUUAACAAAGAACAAGAAAACACUGCAUGAAUUCAGAUUAAACAGAUCUGAUGAAGACUCUCUGUAUGAUCUACUAACAUCAGCAGUAGAUAAAGCUGUUGAGAGUGAGAAUGGACGUCUGGAUCUGUUCCUGCGGUUCCUGCUGGGCGUCUCACUGGAGUCCAAUCAGAGACUGUUACAGGAUCUACUGACACACACAGAGAACAGCUCAGAGACCAUCAGCAGAACCACACAGUACAUUAAAGAGAGGAUCAAAUAUGAUCCUGAACAUCUUCCUCUCUCAGCUGAUCAGUCCAUCAAUCUGUUCCUCUGUCUGCUGGAAGUGAAAGAUCAGACUCUGUUCAGAGAGAUUCAGGAGUUUGUGAAAUCAGACAAACACUCAGAGAAGAAACUCUCUGCUGCUCACUGCUCAACAAUCUCCUACAUGAUUCAGAUGUCAGAGGAGCCUCUGGAUGAACUGAACCCCAAGAAAUACAACACAUCAUUUGAGGGGAGAAGAAGACUGAUACCAGCUGUGAUCAACUGCAGAAAAGCUGUGUGA